CAUGUCCACACGUUUUGAUAAUGACGGAUCCGUGGCGUUCAUGGGGCAAUCUCAUCGACUCGAAAGUCGACACUUGCAGUCGCUGGCAUUCCAGCCAUGAGCAUUUGUUGCAGACGCCCGAUCGGAUCGGAGAUUUCUUAGUGACGCAGUUGCGCAACGCCAGUCGAAAGUUUAAGGACGACGAGGUCAUUGCUGAAUGGGGUCGAGAUAUCCACGAGCGACUGGCAGAUUACGAGACAGAAAGUCGAUUGCUGGUCAGGUUAGCGAGUACUGGGAAGGUGGUGCAAGUGCUGGAAUUGGGGAUCAAGACGACGUUAGGUGUGCUGGGAAUUGAUGCUGAUGUUGAGAGUAACUGGGAGAUGGAGCUACAAAAGGAACGUGAGCAGCGUGUGGAUAAGUUUAAGUCCUUAUUAAAGGAUAAAAGCAAGUUUGAGAGUGAAAUUGGGGACAGUGUGCAACAAUUGGAGCUGUUAACGAUGAUGAAAUACGGCGUCGAGAAGUUUGGAGACGUAUUGCUGCCUAUGGAGCUGGAUCUAAUCGCUCAGGUGUUUGAUAAGGUGGUUCUCACAUCGAACGUUGUGGUGGUGACGAUUCCGGAUUGGUUUGCGACGGAUAAACGAGGUUGGUCUCACUCCGAAAAAUUCUCUAUUGGAGAAGAAGAGACUUGUUUGAGGCACGUGAGUACGUGGGCGCCUCUGCAUCAUCCUCAUGUUCGCAAGUUUUACGGAGCGUGUCAUGUCGGAAACCCGUACGUGAUUCAUGAACUGACUGUAUCACGCUACCCAAACAUUAACCCUUGGUUCUACAUGUAUGGCUGUGCUCUUGGUUUAAAGUACGUGCAUGAACGUGGCCUAGUUCAUGAAAAAUUGAGCUUGGACAAUCUCCAGUCGUUGUACGAGUUCAAAGGGGUGUUGAGUGGUCUCAAUUUGACUCGUAUUAAAGACCAAGAAUCCGUUAAAUCGGAUAUCUUGGCCUUCGGUCUCGUCAUGUUUGAGUUUCUCGUGGAUUCCUUCAGCUUUGACGACUCCGAACUUGAGGAAUUUAAGCGAACGCAGCGACUUCCAGAGUGUCCACCAAGCUUCUUUAAUGAGGAGCAAUGGAAUCUACUGACAGGAAUGUGUGCUGACGAUCCCGAGGAGAGAAUGAGUAUGAUCGAGGUCACACACAAACUCGAAUCCAUUCACAGCCAAACUGAUCGUGACAUUUGGAGCGACGAGGAAGAUUUCGGGUCUUCUCAGUCCAUAAAACAUGUUGAUUCGUUUGUCCUUCCAGAUGAAGAUCGCACUAUUAGUGACGUCCUUCAAGACGCCGACAUACUGUGUGAUGAAGUGGAGAACUUUAUCGAUACAAACCGCCCCGUGUACAACCGUUUGCUCGAUGUAUACGAACAACUUGCAGCUGUAAAAGACCCACUGCCGUUGACGCUAGUGGAGGACUAUGGCUCGAUCUUGUGGCGCUUUUAUCUUCGUCUUGACAAGCAAGCAGAAGGCGAUUACAGCUCCGUCGCCACGCUUUGCGCUGCUAACACUAUGGCAAACCGCAAUUACGGACUCCACCACGACAUCGACCGCCUCAUUCUCAGCACCAAAUAUCUCCAGAACAACGCAUUAAUCCAUCAUUGGCAGCCUGAUUGGCAGCAAACACUGCAAUGUCAACAAGAAACACUGCAAAAGUGUAUGGAAAACCCUGAAGAGUACAUGGUCCAAGCAAAAAUCAACAAGACAGAGGCCAUUACGUUGCUGCAGUAUGAAACAAUGAAUCAUACAAACGUCCCGAGAUGGUUCAUUCCUGCUUACCAGAUCGAACUGGGUCAGCAUCUAGCUGAGGGAUCGUUUGGAGCCGUGUAUCUCGGUAAAUGGUUCAAUACGGAUGUGGUAGUCAAGCAAGUUCUGACGAAUCAAGCGGAUCAGGAAAACCGCAGACAGUUUUACCACGAAGUGAACCUCUGGGCGUCUCUAAACCACGACAACUUGAUCAAACUCUACGGUGCGUGGCAUGAAGGCCAGCCCUUCUUCGUGUGUGAGCGAGCGGAUGAAGGAACAUUGAUCAAAUACAGCGAAGAGCGCAGAGAAUUUCCUACCUGGAGGGCGAUCUGGGAAGCAGCCAAAGGACUGGAAUAUCUUCACGAACGGGGAAUUAUCCACGGAGAUCUGAAGGGGAACAACAUUCUCGUAUGUGAUGGAACAGCCAAGCUCGCAGACUUUGGCUUGAGUGUGUUUGCAAAGGCUGAAAACUCGGGAGGAGCAAUUGGCGCAUAUCGUUGGAAAGCGCCGGAAUGUCUGGCAGGUUCAGGACCGACUUUGGCGUCGGAUAUUUACUCGUUCGCUAUGUGCAUCAUCGAAGUUAUCAGUGGAGACUUUCCAUGGGGAAAAAGUCUGGAUGACGCAGCAGUAAAGUCUAACGUUCUCCAGACGAAAACACCGCGAAGACCGAAUAAUUUCACCGACGAGCAAUGGGAUCUGGUCACCCGAAUGUGCUCCUUCGAGCCACAAAGCCGACCCAACGCUACUGCUUUAGUGCAUCUACUCUGGAAAUUUGCUUGACUAAAAUCCAAAGCGACGAGGGCGCGGCGGACGUCUCGCUGUCUUUGAAGAACUUGUAGGAGGAUCUGAGCGUCCAGGACCAGCCACGGUCAUCCGUUGCUUCUUGUUCUGCCGAUUCAAUGCAACUCUCUUCUCUAAAUCCUCCUUGGCUUCUUCCUCUUUAGCGUGUCUAGAAGC